AUGGACAAAUUCUUAAGGAGUAAUACGGGCAGUUCACGAAACCCAGAUGAGUGGGCGAUAGUUGCUGUGGAGGAACAAACUAAUGUGAACGAUGACGACCAAGGUCCUACACCUACAGAAGACAAUGUUGACAUCAAUGAGGAUGAUAACAAUGUAAGUGGUCAUGACAAUAUAUUUAAUUCAUCUGCUACAAAAUCUGCUAGUGUUGAUGAGCAGCCGGUUUUUACUACGGAUAUUUAUGAUCCAAGAAAUUGGGAUAAUCUUGAUAACAAAGCUAGAGACAUAUUAGUGGAGAAGGGGCCUAUAAGAGAAGAAAAUAUUGUAUUCCCUUUAGAUGACAACUCAAGACAUUUUUUGUAUGCUCAUUUCUCUAGAAAAAUGAGCAAUGGGGAGGUUCAUGACAGAAAAUGGUUAGUGUAUUCGAAGCAUGUUGAUAGAGUGUUUUGCUUUAGUUGUAAGAUUUUCAAUUCUAGAAAUUGCAAGAGUUCAUUGGGGCGUGAUGGAUUUAGGGAUUGGAGGCAUAUUAGUGAGAGGCUAAAAGAACAUGAAGUUAGUGUCGAGCAUAUUACCAACAUGACCUCUUGGAAUGAAUUGAGAGCUAGAUUGAGGAAAAGUGAAACAAUUGACAAAGAUUUACAACAGCAAAUCACAAAGGAGAAAGAACGUAUAAGACAAGUUUUACUAAGAAUAAUUGCCAUUGUCAAAUUUCUUGGUAAACGUAAUUUGGCUUUUAGAGGAUCCAAUGAGCAACUCUAUAAUGAUCAUAAUGUCAAUUUCUUAGCUUGUGUUGAGAUGGUUGCAGAAUUUGACUUGGUGAUGCAAGACCAUCUUAGACGUAUUCAAAAUAAUGAGAUUCAUUAUCAUUAUCUUAGUCAUAAAAUUCAGAAUGAGUUGGUCUCUCUUUUGGCUUCUGAUAUUACAAAUUCUAUCGUAAAGAUCGUGAAAGAGGCAAAAUAUUUCUCCAUUAUCCUAGAUUGUACACCAGAUGUGAGUCAUCAAGAGCAAAUGAGUUUGUUGGUUCGAUGUGUUAAUAUGUCCGAUGGCAAAAUAAAAUUAGAGGAGUUUUUUUUGGGUUUCUUGAUGGUGGAUGAUACAUCUGGUUCAGGACUUUUCAAUGUAUUGAUUGAUUCUAUCAAGUCUUUUGGUCUUAAUAUUGAUGAUAUUAGGGGUCAAGGUUACGAUAACGGCUCUAACAUGAAAGGAAAACACAAGGGGGUGCAAAGACGAUUGCUUGAUAUUAAUCGAAGAGCUUUGUAUAUGCCAUGUGCUUGCCACAGUCUUAAUCUUACUCUUUGUGAUAUGGCUAAAUCAUGUGCUAAAGCUAUUUCAUUUUUUGGAAUUGUGCAACGGAUAUAUGUAUUGUUUUCUGGUUCUACCAAAAGAUGGAAAGUUUUGCUCGAGCAUAUUCCAAGUUUAACUGUGAAAUCGUUGUGCAAUACUCAUUGGGAGAGUCGAAUCAAAAGUGUAAAACCAAUUAGGUAUCAAGCUCCUGAGCUAAGGUCAGCUUUGUUCAAUUUAAGGGAAGCUGAUGAUACUGAUCCCAAGGAUAAGAGCGAUGCAAAAAAUUUAUUUGAAGUGCUUGGCAGCUUUGAAUUUAUACUUGGUAUGGUUAUUUGGCAUGACAUUUUAUUUGCUGUUAACACUGUGAGUAAGAAGUUGCAAUCACCGUCCAUGUGCAUUGAGUCUACCUUACAGCAAAUUGAAGGCAUAAUGAAUUACUUUCACAGCUAUAGAAAUGAAGGAUUUGCUUCUAGUCUGAUCAUAGCCAAAGAUAUUGUAUCUGAAAUGGGUGUAGAGGCAUCAUUUCCAGUAAAGCGUCGUUCUAUUAGGAAGAAACAGUUUGAUGAAACUGAUUAUAAUGAAGCAAAUUUGCAAGCUGAGAGGGCUUUUGAAGUUGAUUACUUUUUUGUUAUGGUUGAUGUGGCAAUCACUUCAUUGAAAACUAGAUUUGAAGAACUCCAAGAAUUCAAAAGUAUAUUUGGGUUUUUAAUGAGUUCAACAAUCUUGAAGUCAUUGGAUGGUAUUGAACUAAAAGACCGUUGCACUAAAUUUGCAGAAACUUUCUCUCUAAAGGGUUCAUCUGAUGUUGAGUUAAAUGAUCUCAUUUCUGAGUUAAGUGUUAUGCAGUUGACUUUACCAGAUAGACCAAUGUCUGCCAUGGAGAUUUUUGAGUUUGUCAGAAAUGCAGAUUGUUAUCCUAAUAUUUCUGUUGCUUAUCGGAUCUUAUUUACUGUACCAGUGACUGUGGCAUCUGCCGAAAGAAGCUUUUCAAAGUUGAAAUUAUUGAAGAACCAUUUGAGGUCUACAAUGUCACAAGAAAGAUUAAACGGUCUGGCAACUUUAUGCAUUGAGAAGAAAUUAUUGGAUGAGAUUGAUAUUGAUACAAUCAUCAAUGACUUCGCAUCUAGAAAUAUCCGAAGAAAUUUUUAA